AUGGCCUUGCUUAGAAAGCAUGGCAUCAGAGAACAUACCUCAAGGUUCAGCAGACGCCGUCUCCACCAGCCCAGCAGCAGCCUCAUCUUCCCCAUGGCCUUCGUGCUUUCUCUACUGAUGGCCCUGGUGCUGGUCAGCUAUGGCCCAGGAGGAUCCCUGGGCUGUGACCUGUCUCUGAACCACGUGCUGGCUGCCACUGAGAAGAACCUCACUCUCCUGGACCAAAUGAGGAGACUCUCCCCUCACGUCUGUCUGAAGGACAGAAAAGACUUCGCUUUUCCCGAGGAGAUGGUGGAGGGCGGCCAGCUGCAGGAGGCCCAGGCCAUGGCUGUGCUCCACAAGAUGCUCCAGCAGAGCUUCAAUGUCUUCAAUACAACACGCUCCUCUGCUACCUGGGACACCACCCUCCUGAAGCAGCUCUGCACUGGACUCCUUCAGCAGCUGGCAGACCUGGAUGACUGUUGGCAACAGGUGACGGGAGAGGAAGACUCUGCCCUGGGAAGGACGGGCCCCACAGAUGCCAUGACAACGUACUUCCAGGGAAUCCAUGUCUACCUGAAUGAGAAGGAAUACAGCGACUGUGCCUGGGAAAUCGUCAGAAUGGAUAUAAGGAGAGCCUUCUCUCUCUUCAUCAACCAGCUUGCAAGAAAGGUUAAGAAUGUUGGAUGGAGACUGAUCUCACCCUGA